UUUCGAGCCGAAGGAGCGGGCAGCAGCUGAGAGGAUUUGAUAGACGGUUUCUCGGCGCGGCUUCUGAGAAGCUCUUCUGACCGCGUAGCAGCAACCAUGUCGGGCAAGGCGCCUGCCAUAGGCAUCGACUUGGGCACCACGUACUCCUGCGUGGGGGUCUUCCAGCAUGGGAAGGUGGAGAUCAUCGCCAACGACCAAGGCAACCGCACCACGCCCAGCUACGUGGCCUUCACGGACACCGAGCGCCUCAUCGGGGAUGCAGCCAAGAACCAGGUGGCCAUGAACCCCAACAACACCAUCUUUGACGCCAAGCGCCUCAUCGGCCGCAAAUUCGACGACCCCACCGUCCAGUCGGACAUGAAGCACUGGCCUUUCCGGGUGGUCAGCGAGGGGGGCAAACCCAAAGUGCAGGUGGAGUACAAGGGAGAGGUGAAGGACUUUUUCCCAGAGGAGAUCUCCUCCAUGGUCCUGACCAAGAUGAAGGAGAUUGCUGAAGCCUACCUGGGGCGCAAGGUGCAGAGCGCUGUCAUCACCGUGCCGGCUUACUUCAAUGACUCCCAGCGCCAAGCCACCAAAGAUGCAGGCACCAUCACCGGGCUCAAUGUCCUGCGCAUCAUCAACGAGCCCACAGCAGCAGCCAUUGCCUACGGCUUGGAUAAAAAGGGCAGCGGUGGUGGGGAGAAGAAUGUGCUGAUCUUUGACCUGGGUGGUGGCACUUUUGACGUCUCCAUCUUGACCAUUGAGGACGGCAUCUUUGAGGUGAAGUCGACGGCUGGGGACACUCACCUGGGUGGUGAGGACUUUGACAACCGGAUGGUGAGCCACUUUGUGGAGGAGUUCAAGCGCAAGCACAAGCGUGACAUUGCUGGCAACAAGCGGGCUGUCCGGCGGCUCCGCACAGCCUGCGAGAGGGCCAAGCGCACCCUCAGCUCCUCCACCCAAGCCUCCAUCGAGAUCGACUCCUUGUUUGAUGGGAUUGACUUCUACACGUCUAUCACCCGGGCCCGCUUUGAGGAGCUCAACGCCGACCUCUUCCGGGGCACUCUGGAGCCUGUGGAAAAGGCCUUGCGGGAUGCCAAGCUAGACAAAGGGCAGAUCAAUGAGAUUGUGCUGGUGGGAGGCUCCACUCGGAUCCCCAAGAUCCAGAAGCUGCUGCAGGAUUUUUUCAACGGCAAAGAGCUCAACAAGAGCAUCAAUCCUGAUGAAGCUGUGGCCUAUGGCGCAGCUGUGCAGGCUGCUAUCCUGAUGGGUGACAAGUCUGAGAAUGUUCAAGAUCUGCUGCUGCUUGAUGUUGCCCCCUUGUCCCUGGGCAUCGAGACAGCUGGUGGGGUGAUGACAGCUUUGAUCAAGCGCAACACCACUAUUCCCACCAAGCAGACACAGACCUUCACCACCUAUUCAGACAACCAGAGCAGCGUCCUUGUGCAGGUGUAUGAGGGCGAGAGGGCCAUGACCAAGGACAAUAACCUGCUGGGCAAGUUUGACCUGACAGGGAUCCCACCAGCUCCCCGUGGUGUCCCCCAGAUCGAGGUCACAUUUGACAUAGAUGCCAAUGGGAUCCUCAAUGUCACAGCUGUGGAUAAGAGCACUGGCAAAGAGAACAAGAUUACCAUUACAAAUGACAAGGGCCGCCUCAGCAAAGAUGACAUCGACCGUAUGGUGCAGGAAGCAGAGAGGUACAAGGCCGAAGAUGAGGCCAAUCGGGAGCGGGUGGUCGCCAAGAACGCCCUGGAAUCUUACGCCUACAACGUAAAGCAGACAGUGGAAGACGAAAAGCUGAAAGGCAAGAUUGGGGACCAGGACAAGCAGAGGGUCCUGGAGAAGUGCCAAGAGGUGAUCAGCUGGCUGGAUCGCAACCAGAUGGCCGAGAAGGAAGAGUUUGAGCACAAGCAAAAGGAGUUGGAGAAGCUUUGCAACCCCAUCAUGACCAAAUUGUACCAGGGGGCUGGAGCAGCAGGUGGUGGGCCCACCAUUGAAGAAGUGGACUAGAUUGCUUUGGACUGGACUGUGGGAGCAAUUUCACCCUGCUCUUCUGUUACUGCCAUUCAGUCAGUGCCAUUACUGGAGGGGUUUUCCUGCGGGAGGGUGUGGGAGCAGGUCCUAAUUUGCUCUCUGCUGUACCUGGGAAUACACAGCCAGCUAAGUUUGUUGCCGAUAGCGUUUGUUUUACUAUUCAGAUGCCCAUGCUAUUCGGUAGAUUUGUUUCUUAUGUUCACUGUUCUUAAAAAUGCACUUGAGCAUUACCAUUGAAAGGGGGUGGAGGGAAGAAACAUUUCAAGAGAGCAUGGAAAAUGUUAUGCAUACAAAAUAUCUUUAAAGUUUUUGGAAACUCUUGGUCUGGUUUAUUUUGAAAUUUUGGUAAUAAAAGUUCCUUGAAGCAAAACAAAGCUCUCUUAUUUCUA